AAGUUCAUAUGUGAGCCAAUAGAAAAGGAUGUGCGCCUGCUGUCCAAGAAGAUCCCUAUAACAAAAUAUCUUAAUCUUCAGGUCGGCAUAGGGCAUAAUUUCCAUUACAAUUUGACCGGAUGGCAAUGGAAGAUUUCAACUUGUUUGGGUGGUGAUGGUAUUUCCCAGUUUAGAAACAAAACAUCGGUCAGUUUAUUUCCAGGAUUAGACUUGAGGAUCGCGUACAGGGCGGAGUACAUCCUUCCUGAAAUUCAUGGGGCUGUCGGGACCGGCGAACUGAUCUUUAAUAUGAACUAUGGAAAGUUGCAUGCAUCUAUAGACAGAUUUGAGGCAAUUAUAACUCAUGGAAGCUGAUCUGUUAAAACAAGUGAAAAAAUGAUCUUGACUUGUUCUUCGUGUUUUGGUUUCAAGUAAAAUAAUUUUUUUGUUCUGCUAUUUUUGAUGAUUUUGUGAAAUUAUGAUGUCGGAGAUCGAAAAAAAAAAUGUUUGAACAAGAACAGUUCAUACAUGUAUAGAUUAUGUUCAGUUUCACAUGUUAAUCUUGAAACUGUUCUUUGCCAAAGCUUAGUGACUUCGUUGAUGUAAUUGCUCAGCUUUUUCAUAUUCUCUCAUGGAUAUUUUAUGUCUUAUUUUUAAUCUGAGAAAGUUAACUCA